CGCCCUUUUUUUCUCCCGAACUCUUUCGUCUCCCAAACCUCGACGGUUCUUACUUUUGUGUAGAAACAUCCUACGACACUCAUUCAGCUGGAUCAAACAGAGACCUUCAAGAUGCCUGACUAUCGCAUUGAGGUCUCGCCAAACAACCGCGCCGGUUGCACCGAUGGCGUGUGCAAGAAGGCGGCCAACAAGUGCCUGAAGGGCUCCCUCCGCUUCGGCACCUGGACCAAGAUUAUGGAUCAUGAGUCCUUCAAGUGGAAGCACUGGGGCUGUGUCUCUGGUGAGCAAAUGGCGCACGUCAGGGAGCUGUGUCAGAAUAAGGACGGCACGUUCGACUUUGAUGCGUUUGAUGGCUACGACGAGAUGGGUGACCACCCGGACCUACAGGCCAAGGUCCGCAAGGCUAUCGAGCAGGGCCACAUUGACCCCGAGGACUUCAACGGCGACCCCUGGAUGAACAAGCCCGGCCAGCGCGGCAUCCGUGGCAAGAAACCUAAGGACUGGGACGACGGCGAGGAGGCCGAGGAAGAGGAGGCUCCUGCCAAGGGCAAGAAGCGCGGCCGCAAGUCCGCCGCUGCUGGUGAGGAGGAGGACGACGAGAAACCCAAAGCAAAGCGUACUAAAAAGGCCGCCGCCAAGGCUGAGCCGGAGGACGAUGACGAGAAGCCCAAGCCCAAGGCGAAGCGCGGCAAGGCCGCUGCCGCUGCGGCGAAGGCCGAGUCUGAGGAGGAUGAGAAGCCGAAACCCAAGGCGAAGCGCGGAGCGCGAACGCCCGCCGUCAAGGAUGAGUCCGACUCCGCGGUGGAGCAAGAGGACGAGGCUCCCAAGCCCAAGCGCGGCGCUGGGAAGAAGGCCGCUCCGAAGAAGGCCAAGGUCGAGGAGAGCGAAGAAGAGCCCGAGGCCGAAACCCCCGAGUCCGAGGCCGAAGAGGAGAAGGCGCCCGCGCCGAAGAAGGGCAGAGCGGGGCCCAAGGGCGGUAAGAAGGCUGCCCCUGCUGCCGAGAAGCCCACGUCCACCCGUGCCAGCCGUUCCCGCAAGUAAGCCUUUCCGUACGGGACCAGAUUUGCCGCGAGGUGAAGGCUGGCUGGCUGGAGCAUCGCCCUUCUACAGCCGGUUGCGGGAAUGCGUCGGAUUAUUUCUCCAAUAAUCAUCUGCCGCGCGGAUGUCUAUAUAUUGCCCCUGUCGUUUUCGCGUUGUUCUUUCAAGCUCAUACCCGUCGAUGCGGC